AUGUCUUCUCCAUCUCCUUCCCAACGUUUUCCAUCUCAUUCUGAGGGUGGGCCAAUUGUUCCCCAUCUCAAGCGUCGUAUCAUCCAACUUGAGGAUGAAAUCAAAACAAUACAAGACUGCAAAAAAUGUGAUGCGACUGAAUGCGAAACUACAUUGGCUCGUGGUAUCAGGAAGGUUGUCACACUGCGUGUGCCACUAAAAGCAAUUGUCGACGAAAAUGAUCGGCAUGCAUCUGCUGACAGCCAUGAACAGAAUCGUUCAGCACUUUCGGAUGAAGAGAAAGAACUGGAAAGAGAGCAGGAUAGGAACUUUGAAUCCUUUAAAAGCCUUGUGAAGCUCUUCGGGAGAUUGCUCUUGAGUCGUGUAUUGGAAGGCGAGGGAUAUCUCGACCGCCUCAAAACUUGGGAAAGGCAUGCCAACGAGGCCCGCAGCGACAACAUCAAGCGACUCAAAACAGAGGUGGCUAACUGGCUUAAUGGUAUCGACAAGAACGAUCUCAUUGCAGGUGACCAUGUCGAGCUUGCAUUCGUUAAUCCUCACACCCAUAAAGGGCGGGGUUUUCAAAAUUCCAUGACGGGGCGACUUCUCACUCCAAUCGACUACAACUGGAAUGAUCCUGAUUUUUGCCAAAAGAUUCGAGAUCUCCAUCCAGAUUUCCCCACUCAUGAACUUUAUCUCGUACGGCUUCUGUACGCUGGUUAUUCUGGCAAUUCAAACAAUUUCCGCAAAGGGUUUUUGAAGUCAGUUUUACUGACGUUGAAGCAUAUCCUCACGUCUUCCUCCUCGGCUCUCGACUACAUUGGUGAAAGCAACAACUCUGGCAGCAAAGAUGGGCCACCCCCCAGCAAACGUCAAUGCUGCAAUAAGACGGGCAGAGAGUCUUCAAAGAAGCACGACGCUUCACUCCUUGGUAUCACCACGGUUACGCCUUGUUGCAUUGCGUAUGCUGCUGUGAUGCUUCACUUCUCACUCACUAAUGCGAUUACAUGGAGAUGGGUCUACGAUGGCUUUGAUUAUGUGACGUUUUAUAACGUUAUUGUCGACUUUUUCGAGGAUCGAACUCUUUCCACUGAGCAAGAGGCGAAAGAGCUCCUUUGCUGGUGGAACCAGUGGUACUAA